AUGGAGUGGAAGCGUGCGGUUAAGAAGAUCUACAGGAAUUUAUCUCCAAGAUGGGAUUGCUUCCCUUUUGGAGGUAGGCAGGCGGGCGUUGGAGAUAUGCUAACUUCUAUUUAUUUUUCGAAUUUUCCGGAUAGAUGCAAAGUGAUGGAUUUGUUCAAGCUGUUUGGUUGUGUGGGAGAGGUGGUUGAGGUGGUGAUACCUCCUAAGUUAAAUAAAUUCGGUAAACGAUUUGGUUUUGCAAGAUUUAAAGAAGUGGAGGAUGGAAGGAUGAUGGCGGUUCGGCUUGAUAACAUUUUAAUUGGUGGGAACAAAAUCUAUGCUAACCAACCUAGAUUUCAGAGAAGUGGGAGGAAGGUUAGAGUGGAUGAGGAGAGGAAGAACACGGGGAGCAGAAAGGAGGAAGGCCAGGUUUUUGCAAAACAUCGGGUCGAUGAAUCCAGAUCAUUUGCAGACAUUGUCAUGGGGGGUAGUAAGAAAAAGGUUGUUAAGGAGGAUGAGUUCUUUCUCAGUUUUACGUCGGGGGAAGAGCUUAAAAAUAAAUGGAAGAAAGCUUUUAUUGGGGAAGUUCUGUUUCCGGGAGAAGCUUACAAUAUUCAAACUCACUUGGAGAUUGAAGGUUUCUUCUCGAUCAAAGUCCAUCCAUUGGGGGCUAAUCUUUGUUUGUUAGAGGAGAUGGAGGAAGGAAUAAUAAAAGAACUGAUAGAAGAAGGGAAAUGGUGGUGGCAACAGUGGUUUAAAUCUUUAAAACCUUGGCAGGAAAAUGAUGUAGACAUGGAAAGGGUGAUGUGGAUUAGAAUCUAUGGUGUCCCUUGUCAUGCUUGGUGUAGUGAGUUUUUUGAAUCCGUUGCAAACAAAUUGGGAUCUUUCGUUUGUUUGGAUGAGAAUACCAUGACUGGAAAUUCCAUGGACAUAGCUAGGUGUUUGGUGAGGGUCAAUGCAACUUUCAUCUUACCUGAGAUUGUUCAGAUAGUGAUAGACGGAAAAUCUUUCGUUUUAAAUCUUAGAGAAGAUACAUACGGACCUCUUAGGAUUACUGCUCAGAAGGAUCUAGGGUUGAGUAUUAAAUCUUCUUCGUUGUCGAGCUCGUCGAGUAAAGCAGCGUCGCUGGAUUUGACGGAAGAGGAAGACGGUGAGUUUAUCCCGGAGUCUCUCAUGGAACCAACGGACAAAGGGAGGGUUGUUCUGCACAGAGUAGUAGAGGAUGUGCAGAAGCAGAAAAAGGAGCCGGUCAAAGUCACAGCAGUUAUCAAAGGGGUUUGUUCAGAACUUUCUGAAAGUUCUGACAAAUUUUUGAAUGGAGGGCCACGUUCUAAAGGACCAGAAGAGACUUUUGAUGGGGUGUUACAAUCGCUUUUGGAGGAUAAAAAGAAGAAAAAAGGCUUUAAACAGCAGCUUUUGGAGUUGUCCUCUGAACACACGCUUUCAGAUCCUUCAUCUUCUACUAGGGUUGCGGCGGCUAUGUUUUUGGGGUUGGGGGAGAAAGAGGAUAGACCUACAUGUGUUCAGUCCUUAAUCUCUAAUAGUGAGGUGGACAGAGAUGUUGGAAGGGACCCACGUAAUAAAAAUCUUGCUUUGAAUUAG